AUGGAGACCAGGAAUUCAUCGCAUUACGAUCCCUAUAUUCCGCCAAGCAGUGCCGAAAGCUCGUCAAAACCGAAUGUGGGUGCUGGGAGCUCGCGUACCGCUCAAAUUCAGGCUCAGAUCGACGAAACUGUCGGCGUCAUGCGCGACAACAUCAAUAAGGUGAACGAGCGUGGUGAGAACCUGGACAGUCUGCAAAACAAGACGGACAGUUUGGCUGUAUCGGCACAGGGUUUCCGUCGAGGUGCGAACCAGGUGCGAAAGCGUAUGUGGUGGAAAGAUGUUAAGAUGCGGAUCUUGAUCAUUGUUGUCAUUAUCAUUUUGCUCUGUGUGAUCAUCAUUCCCGCCGCGGUGACGACAACAACAGAUGACGACAAGAAAACAAAGAACGCAACUACCGCUGCUUCGGCUCCCCAAGCUACAUCAGCAUAA